AUGCCUCCCUCUCCGACCUCUUCUCAGCAGCAGCAGCAGCAGCAGCAGAACGAUGACCAGCAGAAGCACCAGGAGCCACAAGAACAGCGCAAAGGCCAUUUGGGGAAGCGCCCCAACACCAACCUCGACGAAGAUGUGUGCCCCGACCCGCGCCUCGCCUCAGCGGCGGCAGCAGCCGCAGCCUUGAGCCGCAGCACUGUCGCCAGCUCACCCGCAAGCAGCAGCAACAGCACGACCGCCGCCAGCGACACUGCCAUCUCGAGCUACCAGCGCCUGGUCAAGCGGUACCGCGUCGAGGUGGCGGCUUCGGCGUCGAGCGUGCUGUCGACGCUGACGACGUUUCCGCUCGACAGCGUCAAGACGCGCAUGCAGACGUACCGCUACGCCGGCUUCGUCGACUGUGUGCGGCACACGUACCGCACCGAGCACCUCCGGGGCUUCUUCCGCGGCGUCACAGCGCCCAUGGCCAGCAUCACGCUCGUGCGCACCGUCUCGUUUUCCAUAUAUCAACGGUCUAAAUACGUCUACUGCGACUGGGUCAAGCGCAAAUUCAGCGUCGACGUCAUGGCGCACGUGAGCUCGUCCGGGUCGUAUCCGAACGGCUGGUCCGUGGCCACGUUUGGGGCGGCCGGCGCGACGGCGGGGAGCUGUAUUACAGUCAUUGCCUGUGAGCUAGGCCCGUUCGAGUUGACCAAGCUCAGUGCCCAGGUGUCGGUGCUGUUGGCGGACAAGAAGAACUGCCCAAAACCCGAAAGCCACGCGAUCGCGGCGAGCUACCAAAACAAGGGCACCUUCAAGACGCUGGGGAACAUCAUCAAGCACCGCGGCGUCACCGGGCUGUACACCGGCUUCAGGUUACAUCUGAUGCGCGACACCCUCGGCACAGCGACCUACUUCAUGACGUACGAGAGCAGCAAGCAGCUCCUGACAACCUUUGGCGGUGACGGCACCCACUCCAACCCCCUCGCCGUGCUGGUGGCAGGCGGACUGUGCGGCAUCGUCUCAUGGGGCUUGAUUUAUCCCAUCGACUCGGCCAAGUCCAGAUACCAGCGCAACUCGCUCAUGUACUCGAAGGGCCAAAAGGUCGAGCCCGUUAAGAUCCACUUCUUCCAGCGCAACAUGUACACGGGCCUCGGCGUGUCUAUGGGCCGGUCGUGCGCCGUCAACGCCGUGUUUUUCUCGUCGUUUGAGUUCCUCAAGAAGCGCAUCAAGGCGUGGGAUGAGCACUAG